AUGGAUAUAUUUGAAAAGUUUGAUCUCGUGGAAGACAGAACCCUCGGCUAUGGUCAUUGUGGCCGAGUGGUACUGGCGUAUUCCAAGAAAAACAAAGCUAAACAGUGGGCAGUCAAAUUAUUUGAUGACCAGAGUGACCAGGGUGAGAAAGAAAAGUUGAAGCAUCUAUUUACCAAGGAAGUGAAGAUCAGACAGAAGUUAAAUCACCCACUGAUCGCCAGCUCGUGCGUGGCUUUGAAAUACGACACACACUUUGCCAUCUGCAGGCAGUUUUAUCCAAACGGCUGCUUGAAGGAAAAGAUCAAGUCGGUGACUGAGGAGGAGGCCGAGCGGUACCUCAGCAACAUCUCGUCGGCCUUGCACUACAUGCACCUCAAGCGCAUCUGUCACAUGGACAUCAAGCCAGCCAACAUCUUGAUCAACUCCUACAAUGAGGCUGUGCUGACUGAUUUCGAUUUGUCUAUGGAGAUUCCCCCAAACGUUCAGAAAUGGAACAGUUAUGGCGGAACUUUGGCGUAUCUGGCACCGGAAGUGAGCAACCCACAUGGCUGCGACCCGUUCAAGGUUGAUGUCUAUGCUGUUGGGGUGGUGCUGUGGAGCAUGGUAAUCAGACGGCGCCCUAGGUCGACAUUGAACUACCUUCACAUUGUGAACAAGACUUUGCUUAUACCCCACAGACUCAGAAUAGCACUACACCUUCUGUUACACCCUAACCCAGAAGAAAGAAUCCCAAUGGAGGCUCUGGUGGACAACUUGGCUAACGGAACACUGCUGCAGCUCUACAUGGACAGAGUGAAAGACGAAGAGAGUUCCAGUGAAAGUGAGGACAUGCAGGAACAAGAAUGUGACAGCUAG